GCAACACUGGCUGGUGAUGUGUAUGAAAUCCUUUCAUAAGGCGCUCUGCCUAUGCUCACAUGUGCUAGGAGGGAGGGGGAUGCUCUAACAAAAAAUUUUGCUCUCUCCAACCAGACAAAAAUCUCUCUGACGGGACCUUCAAAUCCAGUCUUUGAGUUAUGUGCAUUAACCUCUUUCCAUGAAGAAAGUGAUACAAGAAAGCAGAGAUUGUGAAGUUUUUAGCAUAUUUGGGAAGACUGGUGGACAAAACCAGGUCUGCACCCAACUCAUAUCGGAACAUUGCCAAGCAGUUGGACAAUGUGAAGUGAAAAGUUUUCUCCAAAAGGUCCCAAGAGAGCCAUUUUCCUCACCAGCUGGCAAGAUGCAUACCAGAAACAACUCAAUGAUUGUUGCCACGGAACAGACGUUUCAAGAUCCCUCCUUACCCCCAACCAACAUCUCGUCUUGGUCCCAUUGCUCUGUCCAUCUCUCCAGUUACCAGUUUGUGCUCAUUCCAGUGCUCUACAGUAUUCUCUUCAUUUUUGGACUGAUGGGAAAUAGCCUCGUGAUUGCAGUGCUGUGCCGCCAGAAAAAUCUGAAGACUGUAGCCAACAUUUACAUUGUCAACUUAGCCAUAGCAGACUUGUUGGCCCUGGUCACAGUGCCAUUUUGGGCCACUUAUUACGCUUAUGGAUAUAACUGGCUCUUUGGCUCUGCAAUGUGCAAACUCUCCAGCUCGGUCUUGGGCCUGACCAUGUUUGCUAGCAUCUUUUUCAUCACAUGCAUGAGCAUGGACCGCUACCAGGCGAUUGUCCACCCAUUUCAGUCUCAGCGACGGACGCUGCAGCGGGCUUCUGUUACUGCACUGCUUGUUUGGAGCCUGGCUGCUUUGACCUCCAUGCCCACCUUCUAUUUCCGAGAUACUCAGUAUGUUGAAGCUUUGGAUGUGACUGCCUGUGUCAUGGCCUUUCCCACGGAGAAAUAUUCUGAAUGGUCAGCUGGGACAGCCUUAAUGAAAAACAUACUCGGCUUCCUGAUACCUAUGACCAUCAUAGCCACAUGCUACAUCUGGAUAAGGGUGCACUUGAUGAAAGCCCGAGGUCGAGGUUUGGGGAAGAACAAGCAGAGAAGAGACCAUGUGUUGAAAGUGGUCGCCGCUGUAGUUGUGGCCUUCUUGAUCUGCUGGCUCCCAUUCCACGUUUUGACCUUCCUGGAUGCCCUGACCUGGAUGCAUGUGAUCAGACAGUGCUGGAUUGUGUCUGCCAUUGACACGGCCCUGCCAUUUGGGAUCUCCAUGGGAUUUGCUAACAGCUGCAUCAAUCCUCUCUUGUACUAUUUAAUUGGCAAUCAGUUCCAGGAUAAACUGCAACAUUUGUUUAAACUACGACUUUAUCAGUUCAAUAGCAACCGGCAAGGUUUUCUCUCAAGCAAAAGUAGCUCUAAUAAAGACACCGAUACCCUGAAGGAUGCCAAACACAGAGAAGGAGACUCUGGAAGGCCACAAACCCACCCACUGUGGGUUCCCUGAGCAGCAUCUGGAAAUUAUUACAAGAGGAUUUUUUCCUCAUUCUCUUUUUAUGUUCUUUCUUGGAUUCGUUCUCGCACGUUUUCUAGGACAAACUGUCCAAUGAAGAUUUCUUGUUUUCGGUUUCCUUGGGGAUUUCCAGUUCUUUGGAAGAGCUGUCAUAUAUUCUUGUUUAACCAGGGGUGUGAUUAAUUACUAAUAAACAUCUGAA